UUACAUAAAAAACAUAUAGGUGAUGAACAAAAUCAAGCACGUGCUUCCUCUUCAUUUGGUGGAAGCCAGAGAGAGAGAGAGAGAGAGAGAGAGAGAGAAGCUCACAAGCUUACUUUCCAGCCAAGCCACAAGUCACACACUCUCUUCUCUGUAUUGCAAAGCUGAGCACAGUUCUCUCCUUCUUCUUCUGUGCAGUUUGAUUCGCAAAACCCAAGUCUCAUUUUGUUCUCUCUGACUCUCUGAUUCCUUUUCUUUUUGUCGUUUAACGAAAGCUUUGACCUUUGGUCGGUGUUUUUUUUUUUUGUAGCCGUUAACAUAAAUGCAAAAGCAGUUGAAAAGUUCUUAGCUUUGAGAGCUCUCAAUCCCAACAACAAUCAACCCGUUUCGUUUCUUUCGAUUCUUCUCUCUCUCUCUCUCUCUCUCUCUCUCUCUCUCUCUCUCUCUCUCUCUCUUGGUAAAUGCAACUACUUGUGCUUUGAUUCUGGAAGAAAGAUUGUAGAUUCACGAACCGGGUUCGGUUCCGGAUCCUAAACCGGCAAUGUCAACUGGGUAGAUCCGUUUUUUAUCAGCCUGAGUACACACAAACCAUGAAAAGGGUUUACCUUUUUCUGGUUUUGCUAUACAUUUCAACUUCUCCAUCUCACUCUCUCGUCACAACCGAACAAGAGCGAGACAUUCUGCUUCAAUUCAAAGAAACCAUCACCGACGAUCCCCACAACAGCUUAGCCUCUUGGACCCUCGACGGAGACCACUGCGACACCUUCAACGGAGUCACCUGCAACCCGGAAGGGUUCGUGGACAAGAUCGUCCUCUGGAACACGAGUCUCGCCGGGACUCUGACCCCGAGACUCUCCGGUCUAAACUCUAUCCGUGUCCUGACCUUGUUUGGCAACAGGUUUACGGGUAACCUACCGUCGGAUUACUCAAAGCUGCAGACUUUGUGGACCAUCAACGUUAGCUCCAACGCGUUGUCCGGUCCGAUCCCGGAGUUUAUCGGUGGUCUGUCUAGCUUGAGGUUUCUCGACUUGUCUAAGAACGGUUUCUCCGGUGAGAUUCCUGUUUCUCUGUUUAGGGUCUGCGGCAAGACCAAGUUCGUGUCUUUGUCUCACAACAACCUCUCCGGAUCAAUCCCUGGUUCGUUAGCUAACUGUAACAACCUCGAAGGGUUUGAUUUCUCUUACAACGGUCUUAACGGGGGGUUGCCGCCUGGGGUCUGUGAUAUCCCUGUGCUUGAGUAUAUCUCGGUGAGGAACAAUCUGUUGUCUGGUGGUGAUGUCUCUGAGGAGGUGGUGAAGUGUAAGAGGCUGAGCCAUGUUGAUUUGGGGAGUAAUAUGUUCCAAGGGUUAGGGCCUUUCGAGGUUCUUGGAUUCGUGAAUAUAACUUAUGUUAAUGUCUCUCGGAACCGGUUUGGUGGGGAGAUUGGAGAGGUUGUUGAGUGUGGUCAGAGGUUGGAGUUUUUGGAUGCUUCUUCUAAUGAGUUGACCGGUGGGAUCUCUGGAGGUGUGACCGGUUGCAAAAGUCUCAAGCUUUUGGACUUGGAGUCUAACAGGCUGAACGGGAGUAUCCCUGGAGGUAUUGGGAAGAUGGAGAAGCUCUCGGUUGUUAGGUUAGGUGAUAACUCUAUAGAUGGGGAGAUACCAGAGGAGAUUGGUGGGUUGGAGUAUCUGCAGGUUUUGAAUCUGCAUGAUCUCAACCUCGUUGGUGAAGUUCCAGAGGAUAUCUCCAAUUGCAGAUUACUUCUUGAACUAGAUGUUUCAGGGAAUGAUUUAGAAGGGGAGAUAUCUAAGAAGAUACUAAACUUAACAAACUUAGAGAUUCUUGAUCUGCAUCGUAACCGAAUCAACGGAAGCAUUCCAUCCGAGCUUGGAAGCCUCUCUAGACUCCAGUAUCUAGAUGUUUCACAGAACUCGCUUUCUGGCUCGAUCCCGUCUUCACUCGGUAGCUUGAACAGGCUAACGCAUUUCAACGUCUCCCACAACAAUCUAUCCGGUGUUAUCCCUCCUGUUCCGGUGUUACAGUCUUUCGGAUCUUCCGCGUUUGAAAACAACCCUCUCCUCUGCGGUGAUCCUCUUGUAAUUACUAAUACACCCUGCAGCUCACGUGGAGCCACCUCUGCAAAGUCAAGAAGCUCUCAAGCUCUAAGCGUUUCGGUUAUCAUCGUCAUAGUCGCCGCAGCUGUGAUCCUCCUUGGUGUAUGUCUAGUUCUUGGUUUGAACCUCAGAGCUCGUAAAAGAAGAAAAGACGAAGAAGAAGAAGUGGUCACACUCGAGACCACUCCUCUAGCCUCUUCGAUAGACUCAAGCGGUGGUGGUGGUGGUGUGAUAAUAGGAAAGCUCGUUCUCUUCAGCAAGAACUUGCCUUCCAAGUACGAAGACUGGGAAGCCGGCACAAAAGCUCUCCUCGACAAGGACAACAUAAUAGGGAUGGGAUCCAUCGGCUCGGUCUACAGAGCUUCUUUCGAAGGUGGAGUGUCCAUCGCGGUGAAGAAGCUCGAGACGUUGGGAAGAAUCAGAAACCAAGAAGAGUUUGAGCAAGAGCUGGGACGCCUCGGUGGUUUGCAGCAUCAGAACCUCUCUUCUUACCAGGGAUACUACUUCUCCUCGACCAUGCAGUUGAUUCUCUCUGACUAUGUCUCCAACGGUAGCCUCUACGAGAAUCUACACUCUAGAAUCCACCCUAGAGGAGGAGGAGCCAGCACGAGCCAUGGUGGUAAUAAUACUGAUUUGAACUGGCAGAGAAGGUUUGUGAUCGCUUUGGGAACAGCGAAAGCGCUCUCUUUCCUUCACGAUGAUUGCAGACCAGCGGUUCUUCAUCUCAACGUGAAGUCCAGCAACGUUCUUUUGGACGAGAGGUACGAGGCGAAGCUGUCGGAUUACGGGUUAGAGAAGUUUCUUCCGGUUCUUGACAGUUUUGGCAGGACCAAGAAGUUCCAUAACGCGGUUGGUUACAUUGCUCCGGAGCUGGCUCAGCAGAGUUUGAAAGCGAGUGAGAAAUGCGAUGUGUAUAGCUACGGUGUGGUGCUUCUCGAGCUGGUUACGGGGAGAGAACCGGUGGAGUCUCCGAGGGGUAACCAGGUUUUGAUAUUGAGAGAUUACGUGAGGGAUAUGUUGGAGACCGGUUCGGCUUCUGAUUGUUUUGACAGAAGGUUGAGGGAGUUUGAAGAGAAUGAGCUGAUUCAGGUUAUGAAGUUGGGACUGCUUUGCACGUCGGAGAGUCCUUUGAAGAGACCGAGUAUGGCUGAGGUUGUUCAGGUUCUUGAAUCAAUCAGAAACGGGUUUGGAUCAUGAUGAAAAGCUUCUUUUUUUUUCUUUUUUGAUAAUUCUUUUGGAGUAAAAAGAUUGCAUAGAAGAUGUGCAGUGUAGUGUUCAGUGUUUAGAAAAGGUUUUAUUCUUUUGUUUCACAAACUUUUUGAGAUUUUUUUUUACAUGUUCCACAAACUUUUACAUAUAACA